CCGUUGGCCGCUUCAACGAGGAAACACGUGUCUACCGCGUCAUGGCGGUAGUUUCUUGCCUGGCCGCGGCCCGCCGCUCUCACCUGAGUCGACGAGGAGGGCGCGUCACGCCCCCGCUGAUCGCGAAGAGCGAUAAAGAAUCAGUUUGCUGGAGAGUAUAAAGAAGAGCUUAGGAGUUUCUUCUUCAGGCAGCGGCACCGGCGCCGGCACCAGCACAAUGCUUACCCGGACCGUGGGCUUCUGCCUGAGCGCCAAGAAAUGGAGGAAGAUGAACCUUAGCGCCUUCGCGGAAUUGUGCAGAAAUCAUGGGAUUGACGUUGUCCAGAUUGACCUGAACAGGCCUCUCCCAGCCCAGGGUCCCUUUGACAUCAUUAUCCACAAGCUCUCAGAUCUUAUGGUAGAAGCGCAAUACAACAGCCAGUCACAGCAGCUGUUAGCAUCUUUCCAAGAAUACACAGCUGCACAUCCCUACACCGUGCUCCUGGAUCCUCUUCCCGCCAUGAGGAAGCUACUUGACCGCUUUGUUUCAUAUAGGAUUGUGGGCAGACUACAGACAGCCAUUCCAGGUGAUCAGGUUUGCUGCCCUCCUUAUGUAGAGAUCAAUACCUCUGACCUUGAGGAGAUUCAAGAGGCCAUUUCUCGGCACAACCUGUCCUUCCCAUUCAUUUGCAAAACCCAAGUAGCCCAUGGAUCAAGUUCCCAUGAGAUGGCACUCAUUUUUAAUGAGGAAGGUCUCAAAGAUGCUCAUGCGCCAUGUAUUCUCCAGAGCUUUAUCAAUCACAAUGCAAGGCUUUAUAAAGUCUUUGUUGUGGGUUCCUCGCACUUCACUGUGGAUCGGCCAUCACUGAAGAACUUUCCACUGGGACCAUCGGACAGCAAGACAAUCUUCUUUAAUAGCCAUGAUGUGUCAAAGCCAGAGUCCUCUUCACAUUUGACGGAGCUGGACAAGGAGAUGGACUGGCCUGGUCCUCCAUCUGAAGAUGUCAUUAGCACUCUAGUGACUGAUCUGCAAGCUGAGUUAGGCAUGUCGCUGUUUGGUGUGGAUAUAAUCAUUAACAAUGAGACUGGGAGACCAACUGUUAUUGAUAUCAACAUAUUUCCAGGAUAUGAGGGGGUCCCCGAGUUCUUUUCAGCUCUGCUGCAUCAUAUCCAGUCUAUCCUGAAGGACCCCCCACCUCAAGGAGCAGAGAGGGAGGAAACCCAAGAUUUGGACCAUACUCAUGCUCCUACCCAUGGACCGUGUUGCCCUGUUUCCAGUCACGUGAAGCCUCCCUCAAAUAUAAGUGUAACCUCCACUUUGUGACCAAGACUUCCAUCAGGGUGUAUUCAGGACAGAAAUGUGGUCGUGGAGUGUAACAGUGCCGGCAUGUUGAUGUGCCCUCUUUAAUGCUCUGCUGGGAAUGUGCAGGUACCUAGCCAUUCAGGCUCUGCCUCAACCCCACUAAGGUCUGCCGUUUAAAAUGGGACUUGGCCGCUUGGAUUGAGGUUCAGCUCAGCCCUUCUAAUUGUGUUUUAAUAUUUAUUAUAUAGCAGAGCUUUUCACAGGAUCAAAUUAUUUCUAAUAAAGGUGCGUGCCUGAGCCGCUGUUCUGUCCUGCAGUUGCUCCCGGACUUGGAGCUGCUGAUCCAUCAUGAAGGAGCAGCACGUCUCAGUAAACCCAGACGUGAAGGAAGGUGACCGAGAUGACGCUCCUUCGUAAUGGGCUGCGUCGGGCAAGUCCAGGAGAUUUGGGGACCAGAGCUUGAAAAUGGGAACAAGGUGCUAGUGCAGAGAAGCAGUUAAACUUAAGCAAAAUUGGGCCUUGUGAGCACAUUCACCAACACGCUUACUCACACUGGUGCACAUGUACACUCAUUGCUGAGCAUGUCCUACUUAUAUCCAAACUCACAGAGAGAAACACGCCCCACUGACUCACAGAGUACAAUAGCAUGUUGUACACCUAUAAAACGUUCUUCAAGGAGAGCAACUUUUCCCUUUCCAGUUCUCCUAAGCAACUCUUGGAGGGAAUUGGCUGGAGAGUGUAAAUCCCUGUUUGCACCACACUACUCUGUAACUCCUGCCCAGUAUUAAAAAACGGUUUAUGUGAAACAGUGUUUUCUAGCAUGUGUGUAAAUCUGACUGUUAACCAGCAUGUAGUUGUGGCCCUGGGGUCUUUUGUGAAGAACUUCUUUUAAAGUAGCAACUGGUGUCACUUUUACUUCUUUCCUUUGGAAAGUUCUUUCUCCUGUUUGUGUCUUAUGCUGCCAGCUAAAUAAUAUCAUGCGCCUUUCCGAUUCUUCUGAGAACUCUUGAGAGUUGUUCAGCUCUGAAAUAAGUUUGGCUCCUCUUCUCUGGACUUUCUCUAUUAUAUCUGCUCUUCUUGUAAUUUCGAGACCAAAACUACCCUUAGUGUUGGAGCUGUAGUGUUAUUGUUAGGAGCGGGACCUCUUUGUACACUCGGAGAUAGAAAUCAGUGCCCACUUCUGUGCUGCCGAUAAGUGGACAACAAAAAAGUGUCCAUUAGCAAUGAGUCGUUUUCAUAUCGUGUACAUUUUAGGCUUAAACCACCUAGUGCGUAAUUAUAUUUUUCCUUCAUAUAUGUAAAAUGAUGCAUUUAUGUACAUUAAAAUUCAUUUCCCACAUUCUAUCAAA